CUCCACCCACAAAGCAGAACAAACGCCCACUGACACGUUCAAACAAGACUAUUAUGAAACACAGGACUUUUAAAUCUGCACUCUUAAACAGCAAGCAGCUCCAUCAAGAGUGAAAGUUUGUUUAUGAUGCUUAUGUGUCAACGCGGGUCAAUGAGUGUAUUGGGAGCACUGUUGGUUGUGCUGGCUGGCUGUCAACAAUGUGCCUCAACCAACAGUGACACUCUGGCUCCACCAGAGGUCUCGCAGCACAAUGGGACCCUGUAUGCAGCCUGCAAAAUGAGACCCAGCACCUCACUAGCUCAGGGUUUGCCCAAAGUGUACGGUCAGGUGCUGUUUAAGCAGGAUUAUCCUCAGGGAAAACUCACAGUCCUGCUCCGCCUCAACGGCUUCCCCAAAGAGGGUGAUCCAGUGCCCAGAGCGGUGCACAUCCAUCAGUACGGAGACCUGAGUCAGGGAUGUGACUCCACUGGUGGCCACUACAAUCCAUAUGAUGUACAUCACCCCAACCACCCUGGAGACUUUGGUAACUUUGACCCCCAGCAAGGAAAAAUCAAUGCAAUGAUAGAAUCUGAGGCAACGUUGUUUGGAGGGAUGUCUGUGAUUGGACGAGCGGUGGUGGUCCAUGAAAAGAGAGAUGACUUAGGGCGUGGGGGAGACGCUGGCAGCCUGCUGCAUGGAAACGCAGGCCGGAGGCUUGGCUGCUGCAUUAUUGGCAUUUCCUCUCCCAAUCUCUGGAAUAAUCACCAGAAACAGUAUAGUAGGAGGUUGAGGGGUAAUUAGUCUUAGAGCAGUGGUAUAUACCAGUGGUUUUAAAAGGGCGGUUCAGGAACCCCCAGGGGUCCUUGAGGGGGUUUCAGGGGGUCCCUAGUUUUAAAAAAAAACAGUGACAGAAUGUAUGACUACUUUGGUUAUGGGUUUUAUACACUUUCAAAGCAGAAUUCUUGUAAGAUGGGGGUUUGGGGGUCUAAUUUGUUAGUUUAAGGAUCCUUGAAAUGAAAACAUUGGAAACCACUGGUACAUACUGUAAGUUAGAUUACAGAUUUUACCUUUAUAUUCAUUAAUUCAUGGAGUCCUUUGUAUUCCCAGUGUGAUACCAAUGCACUUACUGGAAGAACUGGUCUGGAGUGUCAACUUUUCUUGAAAUAUUAAGAAUGAAAUGUAAUCAUUCAGAUAUAACAUACUUUAUAGCCAUGCUAGCAGAGUACCGUAGUUAGUUGGUCAAUGCAACACUUUGGUGCAGACUAAGUAUCUCAACAUCUACUGCACUGAUUGGCACAAAAUGUAGUGUAGUGCUUUGCUUUGUGAUCAAAUACUGGCAAAGUGACAUUUCCAUCAGUCUCUGCUGUACUUUGCCUUUUGUGCUAAUUAGAAAGUGUUAGCAUGCUAACCUAAUGCCAACAUGCUAUUUUUGCCACUGCAAACAUGUUUUAAGCUUUACCUUCAGGGCAGCAUGUCACAAUAUAUGAAAUUCUGAUGAACAUACAUUACAUAUACACACACAGCCUUCACACUACAAACCAUUAGCUGAAAAUCAUUUAUUUUGCAGAAAUAAAUACAUUUUGUACACAUUUUUGUUCACAUUAAUCACAUACACACACAUCUAUGUAAUUCUAUCUAGUGAGAAUAUUUUUCAUAACAAAAACGUCAUCAGUGCUGGUAACCUGGAAGUUGUGGCUUGGUUGUAUUGCAGACUAAUAAAUGUUCUGUUAAUGUACUCCUGCGUUCUUGUAAUUCAUGGAAUGUUUGUAUGUGAAGUAAUUAAAAGCAUGGAAUAAAAAAAAA